AUGACAUCCGCGCAAGAAGUGUUCCACACAACGGUUUCACACCGUCCAAUAUGCUUCUGGACAGCUUCAGAUGUAGACGAUUGGCUUCGCAGGAGACGUCCCAAGCUUGCCCUUAAGUACUCUCUAUAUUUCCUAAGGCAUAAUGUUACAGGUCGAGUUCUUGUCGAUAUAACAGACGGGGAUCUUGAAGAAAUUGGAAUUAGUUCAUAUGACGAAAGCUGUGGAAUUCACAACCUGCAGCUCUGCAAGAUGGGUAAAAAACGUUACACCAAGACUGCUAUUUCAGGGCACUGGGCUCAGAGAUUUCGACGUAUGCGUGUGUAUAAUCCACGAGCGACUUUCGAACAGGCGCAGAUGAUUUCAAAACUUUUUGAAGAAAGUAAGAAAUCAAGCAGGAAUUCUAGUAAACAAUCUCAGAAGGCGGACGUUGUUGAGAAUAGAAAGGUCCUCACUCUUGUUGAUCUCCCUGAUGAUGUCCUUCUUAAGAUAUUCAAAUACGUCUCCACUCCAACACCAAAUGAUCCCCAUUUGAGAAGAUAUUUGUAUGGUGGUCUCAAUAAACUCGCUGUAAAAGCACUUUAUCGUUUGCGUCCCGUCUGCAAAAGAUUCUGCGAUAUUUUCUAUAAAUAUCAUACCUCCCUUCCCAAGCCAUCAAUAGGAUUGCGGUUGCAGGCGGCGGUCAACCGUGACCGAACUUAUGGAGGAGCUGUAGUUGCUUAUAUUUAUGGAGAUUGUGGAAAGAGGUAUUUUUCCAAGUUCGUGUACAUCAGUGAUGUCCCUGCUGCCAUAUUUCCUGGGCAAAUCUGCACUUUUCUUGUCAUUAAAAGCAUUGUAAUUACUGACGAUCUCAUGGAUAUGUUACUGACUUUGGAUCUUUCCAAGGUGGAAGAGUUAUUUUGGCAUGACAUUCGUGGCUCACGCGUAACAAACCUCGUUGAGAGAAUGCAAGCACUUUUGCGCAAAAUGACGUCGUUGUGUUGUGCAGAAUUCUAUGCAACAGAUGAUUUCUUUGAUCCGACAACAAUGUUUCCGAACACCGAUCGAUACUGGACUGAACUUGGGUUGGAAAAAUUGGAUGAAAAAACACUUAAGCGCGAAGAAGUACGUGCGAAGUAUCGGCGCCUCGAGAAAUGGGCCGUGCUUCGGGCAGAACGCUCGCAACGCAGACGUAGCCAGUAG